CAUCGUUUUGCUUUUAUCAUACUUAGAGAGGAGUCGAACCUAAAUAUUUUUUUUCUUGAGGGUUUGAGUCCAUUUCUUUAUUUUUAUAUCUGCUUUUUGAGUAUCUUUUUCCAAAUUUUGCUGAAUUGCUAUAUAUUCCUUCCCUGCUACUGAAGAAGAUUGGAGAAACAAAUGCACGAUUUUGAGUGAAAGAAUCAUCUUCUUUAGUAGCAUUUAGAAGAAGAAUAUACAGAAAGGAUGGCCUUUAAGGUGAAAGGCAUUUUAAAGGCCUUGGGUAUUUCUCAAAUGUUUGAAGAGGAAAAAGAACCAGAAAUGCAGAUUGGUCUUCCUACAGAUGUAAAGCAUGUUGCCCAUAUUGGAUGGGAUGGACCAUCCAUUGAAUCUCCCAGCUGGAUGAAAGAAUUUAAAGAACCAGGAAAAUUUCAUACAGCCCCCUUGGGUCCUCCACUUGAUGCUAAUGAUCAUCCAGAUAAUAGAUCAUGUAAUUCUGAAGAUGCAGAUGCAGAUGCAAACCAAAAGUACAAGAAUGCAAAUUCUUCAUUACCCGACGAUCAACCAGAAGUGUCAAAGAUAUCAAGGCACCAUUCGUCAUCAGAAAAUGGGAGUGGAAGCAGUAGUUCUCCAAAGAAAGCCAGGAGUUCCAGGCGACAUAAAGAGUCGUCUGAUGGUCCAAGAACAAGCCGAAAUAGCCGGCCUGGAUCAGGUAUUGGCUCUGAUUCUCCAGCAAGGGACCUUCCGGACAUACCCAAGAAGACACGACGGAAGAAAUCCAAGGAGGAUGGUGGAGUGAGCUCCGGCUCAUCCCGGACCUCUAAAUCCAAAGGCACCUCCUCUAGUACAGCACCAAUUGAUCCUGGACAACACACAGGAUAUGACAAUUCCAUUUUAAGUUCAAGAAACAAUGAGAUAGAUAAAGAGUAGUGAGCAUUUCUUAAGAGAAACAACAACAUAACAUGGACUCAAAAUCAGUCAAUUUUUUGUGUAGUCAAGUAAAAAUAUGGGCACCUGUUUUGAAAUCCCAAAAUUUUCCUUUACAUUGAUUAAUUAGAACCUGUUUUACAAUAUAACCUU